AUGUGGUCUCAGGUCGUGAAAGUCAUCGCUGCGUGCGCUCUUGUUGCGCCAGCCAUUGCGCAAACACCAUCCAUGGGUAGCGGCCCUAGCAACACGUCGGAUCCUCUGGCAAUCUAUACUAUUUCGGCCGAGGGUAUCACGGGCAAGUUUAUCCCCUACGGCGCUCGUCUCAUUUCUCUGCUUGUCCCAGAUCGCGACGGCAAUGAGCAAGACGUUGCGCCAGGUUAUGAUACUGGGGAAGAAUAUGUGGAGGAUUCGGCAAACAACCACACCUUCUUCGGAGCCGUGGUCGGCCGGUAUGCCAAUCGUAUCAAGAACGGCACAUUUACCAUCGGAGAGAAUACCUACCACAUUCCUCAAAACGAGAACAACGGCAGCGACACCCUGCAUGGAGGCUUGAUAGGUUACGAUCAGAGGAACUGGACAGUUGUCUCAACCUCUAGCUCAAGCAUUUCAUUCAGCCUGCUUGACACCGGGUUUGAGGGCUUCCCAGGUACUGUCUUGACCGUUGCUACCUACUCGGUAGGAGGCUAUCCUAGUGGUCCACAAGGAGAGGUCCGACCUCGACUUACAUGCACCCUCGUAUCCCAUGCACUUGACGAGCCAACACCCAUCAUGUUGGCAAACCAUAUCUACUGGAAUUUGAAUGCCUUUAAAGAAGAAAACACAUUGAACGAUACAACAUUGUGGAUGCCCUACGCAGACCGCUACAUUGAAGUUGACCCUAUUCUAAUUCCAACUGGUGUCAUCGGCACCGUCGACACUGUGCCGGCCUUGGACUUUACAACUCCCAAGUUACUUGCUGAUUCCAUCAAGGGAGCACAAGGCCUCUGUGGUAACAACUGCACAGGUGUGGACAAUGCUUUCAUCAAUGACAGACCAGCGGGCGCAGGCGACAACUCGAAUGGUUAUCCAGUUCUGUCCCUUUGGUCGAAGACCACUGGUAUUCAGUUGGAUGUCUCGACCAAUCAAAUAGGCAUGCAGAUCUACACCUGCAAUGGCCAGAAGGGCAACAUUGCUGUCAAGAAGAGCCAACAGGACAGAAACAAUGGAACCGCAAACGCAGCCAAGUUUGUCAACAAAUAUGGUUGCAUGGCCAUCGAACCUCAAGUCUGGAUUGAUGGCAUCAACAACCCUGAGUGGGGUGUCACUGACUUGGAGAUCUUUUCGCCCGAGACUGGUCCGUCAGUGAGUUAUAGUACUUAUGAUUUUUCUACAUUUUAA